CAAACAGUGGCUGUGCACGGUGUGGGCAUGAGAUUCCGGUGUUUGCAGUCGUUAACCUGGACACAGAUCACAUUCCCUUAUGUCAACCUUGAAAUGGAGCCUGAUGAGCAAUGUAAGCUCUAUCUCAGACAGGAGAUCACAAUGAAUCUCCGUUCAAUGGUCGACGAAGCUAAAAAGAAUAUGCAGGACAGACUGGCGUAG